UCCUCCGAGGUCUCCGUACCCCUUCAGCCGACCCUUCCGCCUCACUGGGCUCCCUCUUCACCUGCGAACCCUUUGCCUCGGACACCCCAGGUCUACCUGUCAGAUCCUCACUCCCUCCCUCACUUGGGGCUUGCGGUGGUGGUACGGCCUGGGGGAAGUAUCUGAGGGUGAGAACCUCUUAGUGGAUGCUGCGAAAUACCACGAGGGAGGGGAGUUGACCGCUGAAGAUACCUCGGUGAGAGGUUGGGGCGACUGGCCCCUACAGCCGUGGAAGACGUAGGCAGUGUGUGUGUGGAUUAUAUUGCGCUGAAGAGGCGCACUGUCAGUUUGCUAUCAUGGUGAAGACCGAGGGAAGAGGAAGGCUGGAGCUUGCCGCGGUUACCAGGGGGAUGGUGCGGCCUGGGCCGGGCCUCCAGGCAUUUAGCGACGUUUCCCAGCUGGAGCCGAGUGGGUGGUUGCUCUCCUUGGGUCGGGAAUGUGGCCGGGCCCGGACCGAGGCAGCAUAAAUGGGAGAAUUGUUCGGCAAGAAGAAGCGGUCCCAAGUGACCGAGCAAGAUAAGGCCAUGCUGCAAUUAAAACAACGAUGUGACAAACUGAAGCAGUACCAGAAGAGGAUUGGUAUUCAGCUAGAAAAGGAACGGCAGCUUGCUCGGCAGUUGUUGCACAAUGGAAAGAAGGAAAAAGCCAAGCUCCUGCUCAAGAAAAAACGAUACCAGGAGCAACUUCUUGAUAAAACUGAAGUUCAGAUUAGUAAUCUUGAACACAUGGUUCAAGACAUUGAAUUUACUCAAAUAGAAAUGAAAAUUAAAGAAGGUCUGAAAAUCGGAAAUGUUUGCCUAAAGAAAAUGCAUGAGGUGGAAAGAAGGGUGGUCCUCAGGGAAAGAAAAUAAAAUUUGAUUAGAGGCUGAUAGAACUGUUGUAUCAUAUUCAGACAGAGCCUCUGAUUGCCUCAAUUGGACAUUCCAGAGUUCUGCAGGUUGGAGUGUGAUGGAAGCUCCAGGUUUCUGAAUGGACUGGCGCUGAAGUGGGCGGUGGUUGGCAAGUUGAGCGAUUACCUGUAUGGUAGCCUUUGUCAGCUGAAGCUUGUCGCCAUCUGAGAGAAACUAUCUCACUCACAAGUUGGAGUUCCUGGCGUUGGCCGAGAAGGCGAAACACCCGUCCGUGCCUCUGUUAUUGAAGGAGUGGCCUCGGUUAAAGUUAAAGAACCAAAUCUUGUACCGGGUCACGGCACCUCAGGACCAACCCCACAGUUGGCAACUGGUCCUGCCGGAGAAGUAUCGGCAGACUGUACUCCAGGCCUUACAUGAUGAUUCCGGACACUUGGGGGUGGAAAAGAUUUAUGUAUUACUUAAAGACCGGUUCUACUGUCCCUGGAUGAGGGGGGAGGUUGAAGAAUACUGUAGGGGAUG